UCAUUUAGUACUAAAAAGUACGAGCAUUAUCUUACAAGAAGCAAAGAACAUUCGCAAUAAUUUUUUCAUAAACAUUUCUUAUAAACAAGAGUUGUUAAUUAUUCUCGAUAUAUUGUAAAAAAAUAAUAUUUAAAGAUUUUUAAAUUUAAUCAAAAGGAUAUGUCUCCCUAUUAUACUAAUGUUGAUUUGCAUUACAUUAGUAUGGUAUCAUUGGUCUACUGUUGAGCCAUCUGUACGAUUCCUAUUGAAUUGUGUGAAAAAAGUGCAAGUAAUGUUGAUCUCGAGAUCAUUCCGGCGAAUUACAAAAAAAUGGUUCAAUAUGCAAAAGAAAACAACACAAGGAGUACAAUCAGCGAAGGAGGCAGUUUUUCGCGGAGGUGUUAUUAUCGUCAGUGCUAUUCUGAUUAUUUGGUUGUCUGUAUUUCUCUAUACGGCUUUUUACUAUGCUUACAUGCCUAGUAUGUCAUAUGUGCGACCUGUGCAUCUGCAAUUCAAGUCAUGCGACGAGGAUAAAGGAAUUUGCAGUUUUCCAUCAGCCCAUGUGCAAUUGACGAAAAAGCAGAACAUACUGAUGGUUGGCCAGCCUUAUAAAAUUAAUUUACAUUUAGAAAUGCCAGAGUCUCCUGCAAAUAAGGAACUGGGAAUGUUUAUGGUAUGUGCACAAUUACGUAGUAGAGAUGGAUUCCUUGUGGAACAUGCCUGCAGAUCAGCAAUGUUGCAUUACCGUAGUACAUUACUACACAUGCUUAGUACUUUUACAUUUUCACCUAUGAUGAUCUUUGGAACUACCGAAGAAAAACAAAAUGUUGUACUUGAAUUGUUUGGAAAUUUUGAAGAAGAUCAAAGUCACCCGGUUACAAUAAUUUAUAUCGAAAUACAAUCGAGAUAUAUAGAAUUUUAUUCUGCGUCGAUAAUCAUCAAUGCAAAUUUAUCAGGCCUACGUUAUUUGAUGUUUCAUUGGCCUAUUUUAUCAGCCAUUAUUGGUAUUGGAACAAACUUGUUUUUCUUAGCGCUUAUAUCCAUUUUAUCAUACUUACAUUUUGCUAUGGAAGAAGAAGAUAAGGAGGAGAAUUUUGUUUAUGAAAGAGGCGAAUCGGAAGAAGAGGAUAUCAAGACGCUUAGCGAUUUGUCAUCAGAUUCUUCAUCGCUGGAAGAUGUUCCGGCAUUAAAAGAUAUACCAAAAUCUCGGGAAGAAGCUCUUUCGAGUCAUUCAUCUGAUCCGAUAUUAGGCGAACCUAGUUACAUUCAAGAAAUUUCAACUCUUAUAGCAGAAUCAUCUGACGUCGAACUUACGAAAUAGUUUGAUUUAUUUGUACAAAUAAGUUACUUGUUAAAAACAACGAAACGUACUUUAUUAUGUACAAACAAAACAACAAAGUGAGUAUCAUUAGACUUAGACAUUUCUAAGAGGGUAGUUUAGUCGAUAAUUUAUAUUUAUACCAAUAAAAAUCGGGUCAGUGUUCUGUCCUAAUAAUAAUUAAUUUAUCUAACAAAUCAUAUGACUGUGUGUACAUUAAUUUAGAAAGCAAAUGAUAUUGUGAUGUAAAGAUCGAUCUACGUAUUUUUAUAUGUUAGAGGCUAUUUAACUAUUUACUUUCACUGCUAAUAUUUCCUUCGAACCUGAAUGAAAUACAAUACACACGUAGAUGCAAUGCUAUGAGAAAAAAAGAUAAUGUUUAAGAUAUAAUAUACAUUUACAUAGAGAUACAUACACAAGUUGCGUUUUAUAUUAGAUACGUGCAUUUAUACGCAUUUGUGUAUAUCUUUAUAGAAGGUGGAAUACUCAGGUAAAUUGAUCGUCGACUUAUCUGUUACGAAGUAUAGUAAUUAAUAGAAUGUCAAUAAAAAUAAUCGAUGUCACAAAAUAUAUAAAGUAUUUUGUUUAUGUAGAUUUUCGAUAAUAUGUGAUAUUUCAUUCUUUGGCAUUACACAUACGAGUAUAUAUAUAUAUAUCAAUAUAGUGAAAAGAAACGACUGAUCGAUGAGAUAAAGUAACAAAAAAAUUAUUAUCAAAAAUCUUGAAUUGAUACUGACUUAUCUAAUGUAACAGUGAUAAUAAAUUUUUUCACUUGUCUA